ACAUUUAAGGUUAUGUUCCAUGUAUUAUGUACAUGUGUUGUAAACCUAAUUUUUUUACAAAAUUUUUCACAAUGAAUACUCGUUCAAAAGCUAAUAAAAAAUCUACAAUCGUAAUAAAUAAAAAAAAUUCGAUUGCAGAAAGAAAACAUAAAUUAUCUACUGCAGAAUCACCUGAUAAAAGUAAUAAAAAAAUAACUGAUAAAGACGUAUCAAAGUAUUUCGUUACAGAAAUUCAAGAACCUAAUGAAAAAGUAAUUAAAAGAGAACGUAAACCUAUAAAAAUAGAAAUUAAGCAGGAUAAUGAAUCAAAGGAAAUUGAGAAUUCCUGUGAAAAAAACCAACUCAAACAAUGGGCUCCAUAUAAUUGGGAAAAAACUUUUGAUUUAAUUCGAGAAAUGAGAAAGUAUCAUACAGCACCUGUUGACAAUCAAGGCUGUGAUAAAUGUUCAGAUAAAGAUGCAGAUCCAAAAGUAACUCGUUUUCAAGUCUUGGUAUCAUUGAUGCUGAGUAGUCAAACAAAAGAUCAAAUAAACUUUGCAGCAAUGGAACGUCUUAAAAAACAUGGUUGUACACCACAGAUUCUGUUGAAUACAUCAGAUACUACACUAGGUGAACUCAUUUAUCCCGUUGGGUUUUGGAAGAGAAAAGUUCAAUACAUAAAAAAAGUCGCUGCGAUAUUACUUAAACAAUAUGAUGGAGAUAUUCCAAGUACCAUUGAAGACCUCUGCGCUUUACCAGGUGUUGGUCCAAAAAUGGGACAUUUAUGCAUGCAGGUUGCUUGGAACAAAGUAACUGGGAUUGGAGUCGAUACCCAUGUUCAUAGAAUAUGCAAUCGAUUAGAAUGGGUUAAAACAUCUACAAAAACACCUGAAGAUACUAGAAAACAAUUAGAAUUAUGGUUACCAAAAGAUUUAUGGCCUGAAAUAAAUCAUUUACUUGUUGGAUUUGGACAAGUAAUUUGCUUGCCUGUACGUCCGAAAUGUCAAGAAUGUUUAAAUAAAAAUUUUUGUCCUUUUUUCAAAAAAACAAAUAUCAAAGUAACAUAACAUAUUAAGGUAUAUAAAUUUACAUUUAUUCUGAAAAAACUUUUUUUUAUAUAAUAAAUUAUUUUAAUAUGCAAAUAUAAUUUUUCUA